GGACUCGAUACAUAAUAGCAUAAUGUUGAAAAAAGAUAUAUGGUUGAGAAAUUAUCAACGGGGAGGAUGGAGCCCUGGUUCAAAACAUCAAAAGCAUAUGACUUUGAAUCCCUCAUUGUUUUUGUACCGGUUUCCAGGUCCACAUGGUCCUGGGCCGUACACGAUGAAGUAUUGGUGGACAUUAGGGUGCUUCCCAACGGGCUUAGAUUCUCCUUUCAGGCUGAAAGAGUUUUUAGCGACUUAUAAGCAACAACACGUUCCUAUCGAAGUUGAAGAGUGGCUGAAUUGCUUUCUCAAUGACCCGCUUCAAGAGCUAACUGCAGCUGUAGAGGAGCUUUUGGAUCAACUGGAAAACUGCACAGUUGCUGAAAGAACAAAAGGGUACGUCGCGCAUGAACCCUCUGUGGUACACCUUUCAAAUUCGCUCAAGAAGAUUGAGCGCCAACUUGGAGUGCGAAUACCACCUAUAGGUGUCAGAGCAGCUUUAGCUGGAGAAAAAUCCUAUUCAAAGCUCAUGGAUGAUCUCUACAAUUAUAAAGAGGCAAUAGCGACGAACGGAAGUACUCCUCAUAGACGGUUUGCCAGGAUAUCAUUUGAAGAGAUGGACUCGAUUGAGCACCGAAUUGCGCCAAGCAAAGUCGAUACGGUAUCAAAUGAUGUUGGCUCGGCGGUGGGUAGCUUUGUGUCAGUACCUGAAAAGACUGCCGACGAUGAGCUCAAAUUAAUUCGACUUCUUACUACUUUUGCUGAAGGUUGUGCAUCUAAGAGAAAGUUUGAUGAUUCAUUUUUUUUGCUGUCAGGCUCACUUGCAUUUGCACAUGAUAAUGCUUGUAGAUCUAUAGUUCACAGCAAUAUAUCCAUAGCUGCACUGCUUGAUGGUAGAUUCAAAGAGGCUGAAUUUCAUGGGAGGGAGGCUGCUCUGUUAUCGUCCAACAACAAAGGGGCAGAGUCUUCCUCAGGCACGGCUUAUCGAUUAUGGGCCACAGCCGUUGCGUAUCAGGAUGAUUUUAAUAGCUCCUUAAGUAUUAUUGAUGAUGCAUUGAGUUUACAUCCCAACAACCAGGAACUUGAGAGCCUGCGGCAGAAGAUACUAUCUCUAAAGGAAUCUAGUGGAAGGAUGAGUCCUCUACUGAGGGGCAAGCGCUGUCAUCUUAAGUCACAACAGGAUCGUGCGCUGAUUGAGGGUUGCGGAAGAGCAUUUGACAAUGAAUUUGAUCUGAUAAAAUUUAAGAACAAAUUAUAUCCUGCAAAAAUGGAUCCUUCUACGAAUGAGAUGGGAUCUGUGUUCCGACGUGUGGGGGACUUAGGCGGCUUUAUAUCAAGCUCACGUUCCAUUGAGAUACUCUAGCUUGCUCAAUCAACCAUUAUCGAAA